AUGGAGGAAUCCCAAGCUGAUGGGUGGAUCACUUUCAGCCAGUCUACAAACUCCAACAUGCUUAUUAGCUCGACUGCCGACAGCUCUGAGUCUCAUCAAUGGACUACCAUUAGCGAGUGGAUCAACUCCAGCGAGUGGAUCCACCAUUCUAAUAGGUGGACCACUGCCACCACGGAACAGGCAGGACCUCAACUGUGGACCAAUUCUAGCGAGGGAUUUACUGCUAGUGAGUUGAUCAGUGCUAGCGAGUGGAUGACCUCCAAUGAGGGGUGGAUCAACUCAACCGAGUUUAUGAGCCCCACUGUGGAUUCACACGAGUCGAUGCCACGUCAGUUUCCCCCUUCUCCUGUCUACCUAUUCAUUCUGAAAUGUAUCUUCUGCGCCACUCUCCUCUUCGUGUCCUUUUUCGGCAACCUACUGGUGUGUUAUGCUGUUGCGACGACAAGGAAACUGCGCAGUUACAACAACUACUACCUCGUUGGUCUGGCAAUAGCUGAUCUGGUCAGUGGAGGGGUUGUCCCUGCAGUGACUAGUGUCGUCUGGCUGGUUGAAUACUGGCCGUUUAGCGAGGCCCUGUGUACAGUGGUGACGUAUAUCAAACACGUCUUCCUCCAUACUACCUUCUUGAUGACUCUGAUCAUCAGUAUCGACAGGUAUCGGGCCUUGUAUUACCCCGUCCAGCACGUGAAAGAGAAGACCCUGAGACACGCCUGUCUGAUGAUGUCGGUCGGGUACGUCAUCCCGGUCUUGAUAUGGACACCUCUGGUGGUGGUGCUACCGUACGUCGGAUUGACCCAGCGGGUCCGUCCACCAGCUUGCCAUGCUUCCUACGGCUUCCACCCAGCACUGCUAAUCCUCACUCUUCUUUCUCUGUCCUGGGUGCCCAUCAUCUCUACAACUGUCUUCUACGCUCUCGUUUACUGCGCUAUCAUCCGUCGCAGUCGGGGGCAGAAGACGCAACCGGCGAAGGAAACCAUGAGUACCAAACAUCCGACCGGCCUUAGACGGUAUCCGAACAGGAAAGUUGGGAAAACAUCUCGUGUUUACUCGCCGUCUGAGACUGCCCCUGUGCCAGGAAAUCCAGGGGCCGAACCAUCAUCGACACCACCCAGUACCGACUUUAAGAGGUCCUCUGGUGUGUCCGUCGGGAAGGUGAAUCUGGCUUUCAUGGAAGGAGAGGGCGGCAGUUGUGGAUCUCAGACAGAACCGGUGCAGCCAAAUGGUGUUGCAUCUCUCCAACUUCAAUCCUCUUUGACCUCGAAGCCACACCCAGUGAAGAACAUUAGCCGUAAGGCUAGUCUGAUGAGUUUGAGGGCGACCCGAACCCUGACGUACAUCUGGGCAGUGAUGCUGGUGUCUGGAGUGCCGUGGUCUAUAUACGCUAUGAUAGUGGCUGUAGAUCCAGCAUACACACCAGAAAUAGACGUAGGGUUCCUGGCUUUUCUGGCGCAUCUGAGUAGCGCGGCUAAUCCCUUCUGCUAUGCCAUCUGCAACCCGCUAUUUAGGAGAGUCUUCUACCGUAUUCUGUGCUGUCGUCUCUGGGGGAGACGGAACAGAUCCACCUGAGGUGAGCAGAAACUGAACUGCGUACUACUGGGUGAAGUCACAGACACAUUGAGCAGACACGUGCCAUUCCGUGGUAUACGACCCCUGAUGAAUCUCUGUCAUCUGAUUGGUCGGCAGUCCUAAGGCAGUUUGAGA